UAUUUACAUCUAACUAUGCCUAACGUUCACUUCUCUCUCUCUCUCUCUCUCUCUCUCUCUCUCUGACUUGUGAUUUAGUAUCUCAUUCUUCAUAGGAUUACCUCUAUUUUUUCUUCUUCUGUUCUUUGGGUUGUUUUUUUUUUGUUUAUAAAUUAUACACACUGUCUUGUUAGCUGGAUUUGAAAACAUAGUUCUUGUUGUGCAGAGCAGCACAUUUGAUCCAAUGGAGAUUUCGUUAUUUUUUGUUUUUGUUUUUUAAAUUUAGUUGAUUGAAAAAGUUGGCCCCAGAUCUUUAAUUUGUAUAUGAUUGUUGAAAAGUGCCAUCAUUUCCCCCCAUUAAUAAGAUAGGGGUUGGUAGUGAUAACUUGGGUUAACUUUUUUUCCUUUUAGAGUUGAGAAUCAAGUGAAGGAGGAAAUCAGCGAAAAAAAAUGUUAACUUGCAUAGCAUGUUCCAAGCAACUCAACAAUGGAUCUCUUCACCAACCAGAAGAUGAAGAAGCUGUUCAUACACCAAGCACGAAGCAAGCCAUCAAGGCUCUCACUGCCCAGAUCAAGGACAUGGCAGUGAAGGCUUCUGGAGCAUAUAAGAAUUGCAAGCCUUGUUCCGGAUCUUCAAAUGGUAACAGGAAAGGGAAUUAUGCUGAUUCCGAUAUGGGUUCGGAUUCAGCGAGGUUUCACUGGGCCUACCGGAGAACGGGUAGCUCCAAUUCAACCCCAAGGAUGUGGGGGAAGGAAAUGGAAGCCAGGUUGAAAGGGCUUUCGAGUGGGGAAGGGACGCCGGCAUCGGUUAGUGGACGGACUGAGUCAGUGGUGUUCAUGGAGGAGGAUGAGCCUAAAGAAUGGGUUGCACAAGUGGAGCCCGGUGUGCUCAUUACUUUUGUUUCAUUGCCUCAGGGUGGGAACGAUCUGAAGCGGAUACGGUUCAGUCGAGAGAUGUUCAAUAAAUGGCAAGCUCAGAGGUGGUGGACCGAAAACUACGACAAGGUCAUGGAGUUAUACAAUGUUCAAAGGUUCAAUCAACAAGCUGUUCCUCUUCCAACUCCACCUAGAUCCGAAGAUGAGCAAAGUUCAAGGAUUGAAUCUGUGAGGGACAGCCCAGUCACUCCUCCUCUCAGCAAGGAGCCGCUGCCUAGUCAUUUUCACCAUCCAAUUGGAAUGGGGUACUCUUCUUCGGAUUCUCUGGAUCACCACCAUACGCAACCUCGCCCUUGCUAUGAAACUAGCUGUCUAGCCUCAACACCUAAACUCUCCGACAUUACUGCAAUAAAAACUGAAAGAUCAUCCCUGGAUGCUUCAGCAAGGACGAGUUCAUUGGGAGAGGGAGACCACUCGGGUGAGCUCUCAAACAGCAAUGCCAGUGAUAUGGAAACUGAAUGGGUUGAACAAGAUGAACCGGGAGUAUACAUCACUAUCAGAGCGCUGCCAGGCGGAGCCAGAGAACUUCGGCGAGUACGGUUCAGCCGAGAGAGGUUCGGAGAAAUGCAUGCUAGAUUAUGGUGGGAGGAGAACCGCGCCAGGAUACAAGAACAAUACUUGUGAUCAUGACUAUACAAGAAGAUCCCUUCACACAGAUAUCUGCUUCAGCAGGCUAACUGGGUGUUGCAACUUGAAAAGCUUCAUAGUGAUGUGCAUUCUAGUUUGAGUUCCCUUCUUUCCAAUGGAUAAUUUGGCAGUAACUACAACUUUCAGACUUUGGAGUUUCUCUGUGGCAGAUAUAGUGAAACCUUAGUUUAUAGUUAUAGCUAAAACCUGUUAACACCAAUGUCUUGUAGUUGGGAAUUGUCUAAUGUUUUACAUCUUGUAUGAAUUUUGAAAUAUUCCAAGGUAAUGUUUAUUAGGAUGAUAUUUAAAGUGAUAA